ACCAUGAGCGGUACCCAGGGCUAUCCAUACCCCCAGGUGUUUCUAGUGGACAGCAGUGGAGGUCCACAGGUCCAACCUCCAGGCCUGGUACCUUGCUGGUCCUUCCCUCCUGCCCAGGAGAGGGUAAGGGAGCAGAGCAGGGGCUGCAGGGGGGUUGGCUCCUGGAGCCUGGUUAUGGCUCUGCUGUUUCUGCUGCUGUUGGUGUUUGGGGCUCUGGGGCUGGGAGCCUACCAGAUACACAGGCUACAGACACAACUGGAUGGGAUACAACAGGAAGUUAACAUUGAGAGCAAAAGUCGUGCGCCUGAGAAGCUAGUGGGUGAGCUUCCAGAGACUGAUCCAGACAGAGGGAAGAAGGCCAGCAGACCUGCAGCACACGUCAUAGGCCGGAUCGAGAAGGUUGUUUCCCAGAAUACCUUGCGUUGGGAGCCCAAGGCAGGGCGGGCCUUCACAGAGGGAGGCGUGGUCUAUCGGGAUGGUGGUCUGCAGGUCAAUGAGACUGGGCUCUACCACAUCUACUCCCGGGUGCAGUUUGAGACCAAUCACUGCACACCUACAGAUGCCUUGGUUCACUCUGUGUUUGUGAGGAGGCCAGGGAGCUCCAAGCCUCUUACCCUGAUAGAGGCGGACAGGGAGGGCUACUGCAGCUCGGGCUCUAAUGGGCGUGUCUGGACCUCUGGGAGUUACCUGGGCUCCACGCUGCAGCUGGAGAAGCAGGACUGGGUCUAUGUGAACGUCUCCCACCCAGCCAUGCUCAGCCACACUCAUCAUGCCAACUUCUUUGGACUCCACAAGAUCUAGAGAACAGGAUGACAUCUGGAGUUGGUUUCAACUGAUAUUUCACUCUGAGAGAACCUUAACACUAAAAUGCUGGAGAAAAAAGUGGUAUUUUGUAUUUAUUCUGAUAAAGAUCUGACACUGAUUCCAGCUGCAGGUCUGAAUGUAUGUUCAUUAGAACACAAAAAUGUGCAUGUUUGGGAUUUUAUAUAGGUAAACAGGGAUCCAAUUUUCUAUUAGAAUAAAGUCAUUUUUUAAACAUUUAAAUUCAGACUUUUUGAGAUCGUUGUCA